UGGACACAAUUUUCUUAGCUUCUCAUAGUAGUACAUAAAGUAUAAUAAGGAUUAAAGAUGGAGCAAGGAUAUAGGUUUUUGGUGCUUUUCUUGUUGGCAAUGAUGUUCUCAAAGGCAAUGUGCAUAAGACACCACAAAAGCACCAAUAACAAUAAUGGUUCUUCUUCUUCUUCUUCAAGCUCUUCUAUUAAUGGAAGCUUUUGCUUGAGUUGGAGAUUAGGAGUGGAGACGAACAAUGUGCUGCCGUGGCGAACGGUCCCAACAGAGUGCUUGCAAUAUGUGGAGAAUUACAUGAUCCAUGGCCAAUAUGAGCAAGACUUGGAUUUGAUCAUGGAACAAGCUAUGAGCUUUGUGAGCACCAUAACACUUGCUGGUGAUUCCAAAGAUGCUUGGAUUUUGGAUGUUGAUGACACAUGCAUCUCCAACUUAUUUUAUUACAAAAGCAAGAAAUAUGGGUGUGACCCAUAUGAUCCAUCAGGGUUCAGGGCAUGGGCAAUGAAAGGGUGGUGCACUGCAAUUCCAUCAGUGUUAGGGAUGUUCAACAAGUUAAUAGAUAAAGGAUUCAAAGUGAUUAUGCUCACCGGAAGAGACCAAGAGACUCUUGGUCAAAUCACUAGGGACAACUUGCAUAAUCAAGGCUUUAUUGGCUAUCAAAGACUUGUCAUGAGGACCGCCGCAAAUAAAGGGCAAAGUGCAGUAAAGUAUAAAUCAGAGGUACGGAAGCAAUUAGAAGAUGAAGGUUACCGGAUAUGGGGGAAUGUGGGUGAUCAAUGGAGUGAUCUUCAAGGAAAUUCUCCUGGAAACCGCACAUUUAAGCUCCCUAAUCCCAUGUAUUUUGUUCCUUAAUGUUUUGUUAAUGCACGGUUAAUAUUAUUAUAAGCAAAUGUUCAACUAUGUUAUAUUCAGCUAUCAAUUCAAAAGGCUGUUCCCUUC